UUGAACUGUACAAUGACUAUUAUUAUUUAUGAAUAAAAACUAUCGUCAUUCUUUUUAUCCUCAACGCUAACGCUACAACAUUCUGCCCUUUAUUUUUAGAGUACAGAAUUGUAAUAACAGUGGUGUAAUGUGCGGUCAGGAGAAUAAAGCCAUGAGUGUGCAAGAUACAGUGGAAAUAUUGACACAGGAGUGUAUUGAACUCAGAAGGAUACUAGCUGCUACGAGUGAUGAUAGGGAGAAGGAAAAAAUUGUCCUCAAGCAUAUAAUCAGUAGAGCCAACAGUGAUUUACAUGUCAACGACUUCCAAAAAGGACUCGAGUGGUUCAAUGUCUCCGAGGGAUUGUCAAUGUCUAAACAUUUGGCUGGGAAAAUUGUUGUUCUCGACUUCUUCACCUACUGCUGCAUCAAUUGUAUGCACAUACUGCCGGAUCUUGAGGCGGUGGAGAAGAAAUAUACGGUUGAAGAUGGUUUGGUUAUUAUCGGCGUGCACAGUGCAAAAUUUUCCAACGAGAAAGACUCGGCUAAGAUUCUGUCGGCUGUACAGAGAUACAACAUACUACAUCCGGUAGUGAACGACGCGAAAUUAUCGAUGUGGAGGGACAUUGGAAUAAGUUGUUGGCCGAGUCUAGUAAUUCUGGGUCCUCAAGCCCAGCCUCUGGUCGUCCUUGUCGGUGAAGGUCACCGUGAGGAGCUCUUCCUCUACACAAAAGUCGCCCUAUCGUACUUUAAAUCCCACAAUGCAAUACGCAAUCACGAUCUCCCUGUGCGCCCAGCGCAGCAUCUCCUCCCAGUAUCGACCAAAGAAAAUCUCCUCUUUCCCGGUAAAGUUAUUGGUUUCGAGGACGAGAACGAGGACAAAAUAAUCGUCUCGGAUACCGGAAACAACAGAAUAAUUAUCAUUCGACUCGAUGGAACAGUGGAGCACGUAAUUGGAGGGUAUUCGCCAGGACUGAAGGACGGGAGCUUCGAGAUGGCUAGAUUCAACGCCCCUCAGGGUGUUUGCCAUCGUGGUGACUCAAUCUAUGUAGCUGAUAACGAGAAUCACGCCAUCAGGCUCAUUGAUUUGAAGAGUAAAAGUGUAACGACUCUUGCUGGAACUGGUUCUCAAGGGCAUGAUUAUCAAGGUGGUAAAAUCGGCAAGGCUCAGGCUAUAUCAUCACCUUGGGACGUUGCACUUUAUGAUUAUAAGGAGAAUGAGCAAUUAUUGAUUAUUGCUAUGGCUGGGACACACCAAAUAUGGGCAUUGUUUCUGCAGGAUACUGUCUGGUGGAAGAAUAAAGAAUACAAGGCCGGAAGCUGCGCAGCGAUCGUGGGAAAUGGCCGAGAGGCGAAUAGAAACAACACAUAUCCCCACGCAGCGAGUCUAGCUCAGCCCUCGGGUCUAGCAAUCUCCCCCGAUUCAAAAAUCCUAUUCUUCGCCGACAGCGAAAGCAGUUCCAUCCGAAAAAUCUACCUCCAAGACGGUCGAGUCUCUCCCCUCGCUGGAGCCGAUAAAAAUCCACAAGAUUUGCAUAAUUUUGGUGAUGUUGAUGGUAUCCAAUAUUGCGCAAAGUUUCAACAUCCACUGGGAGUUACUUGGGACAGUAAACGUGAAGUUGUGUACGUUGCUGACACUUAUAAUCACAAAAUUAAGCAAAUUGAUUCAGCUGGCAAAUGCACAACGCUUUAUGGAGCUGGAAAACCGAGUAAGGAUCACGUGUUCGAUGAACCGAGUGGCUUGGGACUACUAGCUAAGCACAAUCUACUUUUAAUUGCUGAUACCAACAACCAUUGCAUCAAAACCAUUAACUUGGAGAGCAAAUUAAUAAAUACUAUAGCAGACUUGAAGUAUCCAAUGAAAGUCGUUCGCCCCUUCGACAAAGUCCUGGACUUCUCGACCGAAAUAAGUAACAAAGAAGCUGAGAUGACGAUAUCCUUCGCGACUAGGUUCACCGCUGGUGUGGAAUUCACUGCAAGCGCACCACAAAAAUGGUCCCUAAGUCAUCCCGAAUCGUGGACGUCUGAGAGCCCAAUGGGAUCACUCAGCACGCCGAUUAAACUAGAACUUCCAGAGGAUGAUACACCUGAAGAGCUAGCGAUAACAGUUAACUUUGUAGUCUGCACGAAUGGUCAGUGCAUUCCGAGGAGGUUAAAGAUACUGCAUCGAGUGCUGCGUAAGGCAGGUGCUCCGACGAAUAUCGAACAAACCGAUGAAAUAGAAAUUUUGUAAACUAAUGAUCGAAGAAAAUUAAAAAUCUAGGCAUUAUAAUUGUAUAAUUGAAUUUUGCACUUUUGUCUCUAAUAAAAUAACUCGAUAAAAUUGUACUCUCUUAAUUGUACUUUCUUAAAUACCAAAUUACGGUAGACUAAUUAUAAAUUUUUAUACGAAAUUUGUUGCAAGUUUAUGAUAGAAUCAGGAAAAUAAAGAAUUCCACGAGAUUUCGAAUGUUCUUUCGUGAAAUGAUGAAUGAAUAAAACUCCAAAAUCUAGUAAAAAUAGUUGUGUAAUUGUGCAGCUUGUCUUUAAAUAAAAUAACUAACUGUAAAAACA